CGCUGCCGUGGCAACGAGUCCUGGGGGGGUUCCCCAACAGUGACGUAGGGGGAUUUCCACCCACCGUCUCAGACCGCCGUAGUUUGCUGGGAGGAGAAGUGAAACGAAAGACGACCAGCAAGCGAUGUUUUUGUCAUAUUGCCAUCAUUAGCGCACGAGUCAGGAGCCUCCGCGUCGUUUCUCUCGAGGCUUUCUUUAACUUCAAGCGGCCCAAAAGCGGACCAAGUACCCGGAAAUGAGUUCAUAACUACGUUCUGAUUUCUAUCGGAGGAUUUUCAGACGCAAUAUUUAACUACGAGUGCGGGUAGAAACCAGAUAGGGAGAGAGAGAUAAGGACUUUUAUCCUUCCCUGUUGAGCUGGCGAUGAUAAACAUGAGUAUUCGCAACGGCGCUGCGGAUAAUGGAGGAUUGGAUCUAGAUAUUAUCAACGAGUACCUUUUGGAAAAGUCAACAAAGGAGUUGUCAUUGGCAGUCCCUUCAACAAAACUGCUCCCUGGUCCUCCACCUCCACCUGUGGACCAGGACCUUCAGUCAAUUGAUAAACCAUCUAGGAGCAGGUGUGGUCCAGUGUUGGUUGCCAGAGGAACAGCACCACAACAAACAGUCAACUUGAACCAAAUCCCAGUCGCUCGUACUGAUGGUAUGGAACCGAUGCAUGCAGUCCGUGGUUAUAAAUCUCAUCGGCGUGGACCGGGAUCUUCAGGGCCCCGGCGCGUUCCUCCUCUGCAGACCGGAACAGAACAUCUGGAGCGCUUUCUGGAAAAGCCGGAGCUGGUGGUGGUGGAGCAGCCAAAGGAGCGCGGGAUGAGAUUUCGCUACGAGUGUGAAGGACGAUCAGCAGGCAGCAUCCUCGGAGCCUCCAGCACCGAAGUCAACAAGAGUUUACCAGCCAUUGAAAUCCAGGGUCCCACUGACAACAUCAAGAAAGUGACGGUCACCGUGUCUCUAGUGACAAAGGACAUCCCUUACCGCCCACAUCCACACUGUCUGGUUGGUAAAGACUGUUCGGAUGGCAUCUGUGUAAUCCAGAUUAAUCCCAAUAGUUCUCGCAGACACAGUUUCGCGAAUUUGGGUAUCCAAUGCGUGCGGAGGAAGGAACUUGAUCAGUCGUUGGCGAGGAGGAGAAAUAAGAAUAUCGAUCCUUUUAACACGGGGCACUCCAAGAGCAUUGAAGACAUGGAUAUGAAUGUGGUGAGACUCUGUUUCCAGUGUGAACUGGAGCGAAAAGACGGAGACAGGUUUCAGCUCGCCCCUGUAGUGACCAAUCCCAUCUAUGACAAAAAGGCGACCACAACGGCAGAACUGAAAAUCAAUCGGCUUAAUGUCAUCAGAGGUCCUUGUACAGGAAAGACUGAAAUUUAUAUGCUCUGUGACAAAGUCCAAAAAGAUGACAUCGAAAUAAUCUUCAACUUGGACGACUGGGAAGCCAAAGCGGAGUUUGCUCAGACAGACGUCCACAGACAGAUCGCCAUCGUCUUCAAGUCCCCACCCUUCCGGGAGCAGAACAUUAGCGAGGAGGUGGAGGUUAAUGUCUGUCUCCGCCGUAUUUCUGAUCGGAUGGACAGUGAGCCAGUCAAGUUUACCUAUGUUCCAGAUAAUGCAGAUCCAUAUGGACUGAACCGCAAGCGGAAAAUGAAAUCGGACAUUCAAAAGUUCAGCGAGCCGUGCAGUGUCCCUCAAGUUCCCACAGGUCAAGACCUCUUUGUGAAAGAUCCCAUCCCAUCACAGCAAUUCGAGCCAUUCUAUCCUAUUCCGGAGUGUAGUGUUCCUAACGUUCCGAUGGCGAUCCCUGUCCAGGAUGGAGCCGUUCAGGAAAUUCUAUAUGAGGAUUUUAAACAUGAAGACACUUGCAUUAGUCUGGAUCCAGACGCUCUGGAAACCAUCUACAACAGCAUUAGUCAGUGCUUAGGUUUCAGCUUUAUAGACAACGCAGAUGCAAACACAAACUUAGAGGUCAACCAACCAUUAAUGAACAUGUCUACUAUAAACGACGCACACUUUAGUCAGAUGGUGAACGAGAGCCAGCCCUAUCUAGCGGACCUGGAGAACGUGGAUGACGUCUUAUACCCUGUGAAAAGUGAGGAUGUACCGGACAUUUAAAUUCUCCUGUGGACUUUGGAGGUACUGUACAGAUGCUGCUUGACUUUGAACACAAUGUGGACCAGGAUGACCUGCAGUUCGGUAGUUUAAAAAGACUUAAAAAGCUGCUCAACCGCUUUUAAUGGGCCAGUUGUGAAAAUUUGCUAAUUUAUUGUUUGGCUUUAAGAGUAGAUGCCAGCUAUUAGUAGAUAAGUAGUCUCACACUUAAGGUCACUAACAUAUUUAAGCACGGUAUGUAAUGUGAUGUUUGUCAUUGGUUAACAUUUCUGAAUGGUUUCGACUGUGAAGUAUAGGAUAAAAAUUAAAUAACCCAUUUGAACAUAAUUCUUCAGUUCUAGCAGUUAGGUUUGAUAACGUAAAUCACACCACCUGACACGACGUGAUAAACAUCAAUAUCUACUGACUGUUUACAGCCGCUGUGAUUUGCAUGCGGUGAAAUUUGAUUUAAUAGUGGCCUAUUUGGUGUGACACAGACCCAUUGUUGAUUUGAAUAACGUAUGAAGAGCUCAGAUGCAAAACCCUCUGUGUGCGUCUGACUUGUUUUCUUGUAAAUAAGCAUUUUUUAUCAGGCUCUUAUGUUUAGGUUUAGUAAUUACACUUUAAUGGCAAUGAAAAGGUUAUUAGUCAGUAAUUGAAAUACCUUUACAAAUGUCACUUAAAGGCGCUCUAAGCGAAUUCACGCAUUUUAGACCAUAAAACAUUUUUUGUUACAUACAGCAAACAUCUCCUCGCUAUCUGCUUGCUGCCUGUCCGCUGAUCAAACUGUAAAAAACGUGAUCUCUGUAGACAGCUCAGGCUCCACAAACUGCAAUAAAAACAAAGUGGCCAAACCUAGCACCACGAAACAUAACAAAGUGUUCCAGCCAAUAAACGACAAGAAGGAUUUGGGGGUUGGGUGCGUUCAUAAAAGCACGGAAGGGAGGGGGAGGAGUUAGCUACACUCCGUUUGUUUGAGAACAGUUCAAACAUCAACAAAAAGUGACGUAACACAGAUUCGCUUAGAGCGCCUAUUAAGUCAUUUCAUUGGUAUUUAACAAAUUUGACUAUCUUUUACUGCAAAACCCUCUAAGUCGCCAUUCACUUUUCACUUUCUUUGCUGAAUAAACGUAUAGAAAGCCAUCAAAGCGAAAGUAUUUGAUGAACGUACAAUCUUGCGCUCAAUAUUAUUGUCAUUAUAUAUAUAUAAAAUAUGGUCAAUAUCAUUCUCAUUUUUGAUGGAGGUGGCAUUUAGCCGCUUUUGCAUCUGAGCUCCUUUUGUAUAUACGUGCUGGAUAAAGUCGAAGUGCUGUCACUUUACCCAGAUCUGUGAAACCGGACUAGUGAGAUUUAUCUCAGACGAAAGCGUUUUCGUGACGUAAAAAGCACAUUGUGGAUUGAAUUUGAAUUUUUUUAAACUUUUUAAAAUGCACUAAAAUGCACCUAAUGACGCAGACUCUAAGUUAAACUUUUACUUUAAAGUCUUCCCCUUAUGAAAAUGUAUAGACUUUACUACAAAUACUAAAAAAAAUCAAUGAACCAUGAUUACCACAAAGGUUGUCAUAGUUUAACCAUUCAUUUUUACUAUACAAAACACGGUAGCGAUAGCCCUUUAAGGCUGUGACACACAAAACAGACAUUAAAGGACCAAGAAAAAUUCGCUCAAUAUAAUUACAUAUCAAAUGUGAAAUAUUUGUAACCCUGUCUAUGAAAGCUAAAGUCUGAUAAUCUAAUGAUGAGAUUAAGAGCAUCAGCUGUCAGUGUGUAUAGAUACGUCGUGUCUGCAGGAACAUUACAUUACAUUACAAAUGGAGGAAUGUAGUUAAAAUACAGUAUGUAGUCACUGGCAUAUAAAGUGUAGUGCUUUGUCUGUUUUAACUGUACAUAUUAAUACACAUUAAUGUUUUGAAGGAAGCAUCAUUGUAAUCAUUGGAAGACAUUUCGUUCAUAUGUAAAUAUAUAUAUAUGUGUCUGUAUUACUGCUGUGAUUCAUCUUUUUGUCGCUUUACACCUAAUAUGUGUAACGUGAAUAAAGUUGUGUUGUGAAAAACAAA